ACCAACAAAAAAAAAGGCCCCUUUUUUUUCCUCGCUCUUUUGCAAACCAACAAACAGAGCACGGGCACCACCGCAUUCCCCCACUCUUUCUCCUCCCUUCUUCCUCUCCGAUCAUGGCCUCACCCGCCGACGAGGCUCCGGCGACCACCAUCGGUGCCUUCCGUCGCUUACUGCUUCUCAAGAAGUACUCGGAUGCUCCCAAACCACCUGAACGCAACCCACUCAUUGCGUCCAAGAAGAAGGGCUUUGCGGCCGCGGCGUUUCGUGGGUUUGGCUGCGCAUCGGCUGCUGCCUCGCAGGUACACGCGCCGGCUGCGGUUUCCGCUGCCGCGGCUGUGAGAUCUUCUGCUGAUUGGCAGGGAGGUGGUCGGAGGGCGCGGAAGCGGCGGGCUAAGCAGAAGAAGAGGAAGGAGAGGAGGGGGAAUGGGUCUGGGGCUGGUUCUGGAGCUGCUUCCGCGACGGAUGUUUGGUGCGCUCCUGGGAUUGCGUUUGGGGCGGAUGCUCGGCCGGUGGAUUGUGUUGUGGCUCAUCAUCCGGUGGUGGCGCGUGCCAGGGCUGAUUCUGAGAGGGUUCAUAGGGAGAGAGCUUAUAAUGUAAGGCGUGGUGGUGGCGAUCAAGAUCACAUCUCAUCAUUCAUUGAUUCUUCAUCAGCUUUGGAUGAGCCCCUUUUUGGAUCUGAUCUCUUGCCACCAGGCCAUCUACGUCGUUUUCGAGGAUAUCGCCGGUCUCCUGGUGGCCUUGAAGAGAUAAUGAUGUUUCAAACUAGACUGUUAUUGGGGCGAAUCGACUCAUUUGAUCAGUACAGAGACUUGCGGCUUGACGUUGACAAUAUGACAUACGAGGAAUUGCUCGAGCUAGGAGACAAGAUUGGGAAUGUCAACACCGGACUAAGAGAAGAAGAGAUCUUUCGCAACCUAAGAAAGAUAAAACCCUCAAUUCUCGACGCUUCACCAUUAUGUAUAUCAACUGGAGUUGAAUGGAAAUGCAGCAUUUGUCAAGAAGAAUAUGAAGGGGAUGAUGAAAUAGGGAAGCUGGAAUGUGGUCAUAGUUACCAUAUCUACUGCAUAAAGCAAUGGCUGCUUCAGAAGAAUGCUUGCCCUGUGUGCAAGACUGCUGUUACAAAAAGCUAAAGGCAAGUGGUAGUCUCUAUGUUGCAGUUUGACUGCUUUGUCACCAUUUUCAUUCUCUCUUUUUUCCAUAUAUAUAUGUGCAUAGCUUUUGAGCCUGUUAUAUGUAGAGAGUUAAGGAGAGUAUUUGAUUCUUUUGGUUUGUAAUUCUGAUGCUCAGUUCUCUUUUCUUGGGCAUUGGAUUCUUCUUCUUCAUCUUCUUGUGUUCUUUCCCUAUAAAAUAUACUUAAAUCUUUUGCUUCUUGGCAUCAUCUCAAGGUAAAAUGGUGUUCAUUACUGUCCUCUCUGUA